AAAAUGUCAAUAUUGACUAUUGAAUAAUGUCAGAUUUGUGUCAGAUUAUCAAAGCACGUCAAAAUAGAAAUAUUGUCGUAAUAUUCGAUUCGUGUUUCUUUCAUAUGAAUAAAAAUUAGCGUUUUAAGUUAUUGAAAUAAGCAGUUAAAUGUAGAAGGCUAUUUUAAAAAAUGAGUAUCAAAAUAGAAUUUGUAAAUGUCUGUCGAGGCUGUUUGAGUUCGGAUCGUAACAUAAAACCUAUGAAAAACAAUACUAGUUUAUUUUUUUUUCUUUUAGAAGAUAGUAUUAUACCUAAGGAAUCCAAUUAUUUUAAUAUGCACUUAUGUUGGGAGUGCAUGGCGCUGUUGAAGAAAGUCGCAGAAUUCCAGAAGCAAAUUCAAAGAUCUAAAGAUAUAUUUAUACAAGAAUUGGAAAACAAAAAGCCCUGUCUAAGCCUAUCCCGUCUCUCCGUACAUCAUAAAAAUAACUACGAUGAAAUAAUUGAACACAAAGAAAUAGAACCUGAACCGACUAUAAAAUUAGAAUUAUUUAACAGAAAUAAUGUUAUAAAGACUGAGGCAAAUGACAGUUAUUGCGAUAAAAGGGAUUUACUCGAUGUAGAUUUUACAGUUAGUGUUACAGAAGUCACCGAACAAUUUAACAAAAAAGCCAUAAAAGAAGAAACAAGUGAUAGUUUUUAUGAUGAAAAAGAUUCAUUCGAUAAUAUAACAGAAGCAGAUGUCAUAUCAAAUAGCAUAGAUAAGAAAGAAAAAAAAUUACAAAAGAAACGAAAAAGUUUUAAAUCUGCAAUAAAUACUAAAAGAGUCGAUUAUAAUGAGGCCGAUAGUGAGGCGUAUAUGAGUUGUUUGCAACUUACUGUUAAGGAAAUCGAGUCAUUAUCGAGAAGUAAGAGAGGAGUGAUACAUGAUAUGUCGUAUCGUGCUAAUGUUGCAGUUAAAAAAAUGUUGUCAAAUAGAACGAAGGAUAUAAAAAUGUGUAGUUCCAACACAACUUGUACGGAAUGUACAGAAGUCCUACCAAAUAGAACGUCAAUGAUACAACAUUGGAACGAUCACACAAUACCUAUGUACAAAUGUUACUUCUGUGUAUACUAUGGUACCGACAAGGAUGAGAUCAUGAACCAUUUGCAACAGAAACACCCGACGAUUUACAUUUGUAAUUGUGAAGCGCAGUUCAGGAGUAUACGGGAUUACUUUAAACAUAACAAGAAUUUACAUACGGUGUACGAUUGUGAUAUUUGCAAGAAGAGAUUUAAGUCAAGAGCUACCAUCGAGAAACAUAUGCUUAGAAAUCAUCUACCAUCGAAAUGCAACAUAUGUCACAAGAGCUACAGAACCUAUAACAUCCUGAAGACCCACAAGUACGCGUACCAUUCUGAGUUCAUGAGAGAGAGUGAGAAGCCUUACUGCGUGGAGUGUGACAUGAGGUUUAAAAACGACUUCCUGUAUAAGAGGCACCUGAGGUCGGCUGUGGCCCAUCGGCCUAGGCGAGAAGAGAAAGUCCCAUGUCCGGACUGCGGUAAAAUAUUUACUCGGAAGACCUACAUGAUGAAUCAUUACAAAUUGGUGCACGUGCGGCAGUCGAAGCACUACUGCGAUAUUUGUGAUAAGUAUUUUAUUACGGGCUAUGCAAUACGGACGCACAAGAAAUUCGUUCACGAUAAGCUAGAGAAGCCAAAAGAUAAAAUAUGUGAAAUAUGCGGCAGAGGGUUCUUUACAAACCGCGUGCUGAUAAACCACAAACGGACCCAUACAGGCGAGAGGCCCUUCACUUGCUCAUACUGCCCCGCGGCCUUUGCCCAGAGGUCUGCGAUGAAAACCCACGAGCGGACACAACACAAAAACUUUUCAACCAUUGUAUUGAAUUAAAAUUGUAAAUUAUCAAAGAAUAAACUGAUAAAAGCCUA